GUAUGAUAACCUGAUAAGAGGUUAAUUCGGGCACUGGAAAAUUCUGUGUUGUGUUAAUUUUGUUGAUUUGGUGUUGUAUGUAAUUUAUUUCAGAUCACUGGCGCCUUCUUAAGCCUAAGAUAGGGAUGGCUUCCAGAAAAAUGUUUAAUAAAUUUGUUUUUGGAGGGAGGGUUGGUUGGUUUUUACCAACAAGGAGCUUAAAAAGUUUUCCUCCGCCUCCAAAUUAUGGAAAUAUUGAAAUACCUGAAAAAGGCAAACCUAGAUUUGUUGAAAAAGUUCCUCAACCAUGGGGUAAUGUUAAAAUGCCAAAAAUGACUAAGAAUUUAAAAUUCAUGAGGGGUCCAGAAGAAAUUCAUAACAGUCUCAUACACAAACAAUAUGGAAUAAUUGCCUUAGGUGGAGGUAGACUAAAGUUUGGACAUUUUGAAAUGAUGAGAUUAACUAUUGGCCGAAAGAUGGAUCCUAGUAGAAUGUUCACAAUGUGGAGGGUUGAUCCUCCUUGGCAACCAGUGACUCGUAAGGGACAAGGACAAAGAAUGGGUGGAGGAAAGGGUGCCAUUGAUCAUUAUGUUACCCCUGUAAAAGCUGGAAGAGUGAUUAUUGAGGUUGCAGGAAAAUGUGAAUUUAAUGAAGUGAAAGGAUUCUUGGAAAUAGUCGCAAAUAAUCUCCCUUUUAAGGCUAUGGUUGUAUCUCAAGAAAUUAUGGAAAAACAAAAGAAAUUAGAAGAGGCUAAGGAAAAGGCCAACACAAAUCCUUAUACUUUUGAAUUUAUUAUUAAAAAUAAUAUGGGAGACUGCCAUAGAUGGAUUAAAAGAAUUGAUCAUUUUCAUUUUGGAAAAUAUGUUUAAUAAUACAUGUUUUGUAUAAAUUGAAUAUUUUAAAAUAAGAAUGAUGAAUCUUAUGAACUUGAUAUAAUGAAAGUUAUUAAGAAAGUUAUAUACACAUUGCAACAUCAA